AUAGAAACGUCCGCACAAUGUUUGUUUGGUGCAAUGAGAGUGAUCAAAAUGGGUCGUCUUCCACUUACUUUUUGCCUCACCUUUCUGCUUAUGGCCACGGUUACUUUUGGUGCACCUCCUAAAAAGUCCAUUGAUGUUCCUUUUGGCAGGAACUAUUUUCCCACUUGGGCUUUUGAUCACAUUAAGUAUCUCAAUGGUGGUUCUGAAGUGCAUCUCGUCCUUGACAAGCACACUGGCACUGGCUUUCAGUCAAAAGGUUCAUACUUGUUUGGCCACUUCAGUAUGCACAUAAAGAUGGUUCCUGGGGACUCCGCCGGAACUGUGACCGCCUUCUAUUUGUCAUCACAGAACUCAGAACAUGAUGAGAUAGAUUUUGAGUUCCUAGGGAACAGAACCGGCCAGCCUUACAUUUUACAAACAAAUGUGUUUACAGGAGGCAAAGGAAACAGAGAGCAGAGGAUCAACCUCUGGUUUGACCCUUCCAAGAACUAUCAUUCCUAUUCAGUUCUCUGGAAUAUGCAUCAGAUUGUGUUCUUUGUGGAUGAUGUUCCCAUAAGAGUGUUCAAGAAUAGCAAAGACAUUGGGGUGAAGUUUCCGCCAUUCAACCAGCCGAUGAAGAUAUAUUCGAGUCUGUGGAACGCAGAUGACUGGGCCACAAGGGGAGGGUUAGAGAAGACUAACUGGGCAAAGGCUCCUUUCGUCGCCUCCUACAGAGGCUUCCAUAUCGAUGGAUGUGAGGCUUCGGUGAAUGCUAAGUUCUGUGAGACGCAAGGGAAACGUUGGUGGGAUAAGAAGGAGUUUCAAGACUUGGAUGCUAAACAGUACAAGCGUCUCAAAUGGGUUCGUAAGAGAUACACUAUCUAUAACUAUUGUACUGACUGUGUCAGGUUUCGUAAGCCUCCUCCUGAGUGCCGCAGAGACCGUGACAUCUAGUGUUUUUUCAGAGUUCAUCUUUAUAUAUUUUCCCAGUUGUUGUAUCCACAAGCUUGCGAGCUAGAGAAACUUGAAUUGUUACAAUGGUUGGUACUUGUGAUGUAAACUAAUAAUAACCAUUCAUUAAAAGUCAAUGCGUCCAAACUAAUGGUGUAGAACGAUACAAAGUCAUACAACAUACAAAGUCGCUUAAAUGAAAAGAGACAAAGAAAAAACGCCGAUCUUAGUAAAGAAAAAGGUUUUCGGAUUCAGGUGGUAAGCUCCAUGAUGGCAGAGACUAUAUCUCCACUCCAUCAACGGUCUUGAGAGCUUUACACUCAUGCUUGGGUCAUCACAAGCUCAAUGUCAUUUGCCUCCACACCCCAUAAUCAAAAAGAAAAUAACCAUUAUGUCAUCGUCUCGCCGUCUGUGGGGAUCGAACCCACGGCCACGGGAUUAAAAGUCACGCGCUCUACCACUGAGCUAAGACGGCUUUGUUGACAUCUCUAACUAUCGUA